GCAGGAAAUUAUUUGUUUUAGAGCUAUCAAAACCCUAGAAAGCCUCCAAUGGCGAAGAAGAGAAAGUCCCAAGAACAGCUGCAACCAAAACAAGAGGAGGAAGAAGAAUCUGAAGAGGAAGAUUCUUCCGAAGAAGAAGAAGAAGAAGAAGAAGAAGAAGAAGAAGAAGAAGAAGAUGAUGAUGAUGAUGAUGAUGGUGAAGAAGAAGAUUCAUCUGAAGAAGAGAAAUCUUCCGAAGAAGAAGAGGACUCGUCAGAAGAUGCUGACGAAGCUGACAAUGAAGACGAUUCGGAGGCCUCUAAGCGCGAAACGAUCCGCAAACUCCUCCAACCCUUCGGAAAAGACCAGAUCAUCGCCUUACUCAAAGAGGCUGCGGAUUCCAACCCUGCCACCUUGUCCAAGAUCCUCCACGCGGUGGAAUCCGAUCCCGUCCACCGCAAAAUUUUCGUCCACGGCCUUGGCUGGGACGCCACCAACGAAACCCUAACCUCCGCCUUUAAACAGUAUGGCCAGUUUGAAGAAUGCAAUGUGGUUACAGAUAAGAUCACCGGCCGGUCCAAGGGUUAUGGAUUUGUGCUAUUCAAGACUCGUUCCGGCGCCAGGAAGGCGCUGAAGCAGCCGCAGAAGAAGAUUGGGAACCGAAUGGCCGCCUGCCACCUGGCUGCGGCUGGCCCGAGCGGGAGCAACCCCGUUGCAGGGGGGGAUGUGAAUGAGCGGAGACUGUAUGUGGGCAAUGUGGGGCCGCAGAUCAGUGCGGAGAAGCUCAGGGCGUUUUUUGCCAAAUUUGGGGAGAUUGAGGAUGGGCCUUUGGGGUUUGAUAAGGCCACUGGGAAGUUUCGAGGAUUUGCCAUAAUUGUGUUUAAGACUGCAGAGGGGAUGAAGAAGGCAUUGGAGGAACCAGUUAAGACGUUUGAGAGUUGUAAAUUGCAGUGUUCCAGGAAAGUUGCUAAAACGACCCCCGUCCAACAACAGGCGGUUGCAGGUUCCACUGGGGCCACAUUGCCUCCUAGUAAUUAUCAACUGCAGGCAUACCAAAUGGGAUUGAAUCAGGGGUUGAUUGGGCAAAAUGUGAACCCUCAAGGGGUUCUGGUGGGUCAGAAUCAGGCUGUUGGCAUUCUGAACCCAGUGUUUGGUGCAGCUGCGGCACUUAAUCAACCGGGUUUGUCCCAGGGAUUUGCAGGUGGGUUGUCGCAGCCUGUGAACAGGGCUCCUCCUGUGGGGUUGAGCGCAGGGUAUGGUCCACAGCUUGGUAUGAAUAGUAUAAAUCCGGGUGUGCUUGGUGCUUAUGGUUCUCCGGCUGCUUUCCAAGGGUUGGGUGCGUACCAGAGCUCCCAAUUGGGUCAGUCUCCUGCAUCAGCUGCUGCUGCAGGAGCUGGGAGGCCUCACCCUGGUGUUGGAUCAGUAGGGACCUUGCCGUCAUACUUUGGGCGCUAGGUAUGGCAUAUGAUUGAAUGCUUAAUGUUUAUGUACUCUUGUUGAUGAUAUUGGAUGUGUGGCAUGAAAUGCUUGUGGUUGAGGAAACUAGUUGAAUGCACUCAAAUACAUGUAUCUUAGGUAAUUUAUUAGGCUCUAUGUCUUCCUAUCCAGAUUUGCAAUUAUAGUUGUUGCUGAAACCUAGGAUAUAGGUAAGUUUCAUUUGCUCUUUACUUGCUUUGUAAUGCAGGCUUUUUUCUAUUUUUGUUUUUAUUUUUUGGCCUAAAGAAAUAUCUGAAUUGAUUGUGCUUGCUGCACUCUCAUGAUUAAA